AUGAAUUUUCUUUGUAAUAAAACUAGGAUAAAAUGUGACUUAUCAGGUUGUAUCACAUCAACAACAAAAUUAACAACAACAGCAGCAUCAGAACCAGAUACAGAAGAAACUACGGUUGAAUCUACAAAACCAACAAAAGAGAAACCACAAACAUUAAGAACUUCAAAGGAACCAGCAUUCACAACAACAACCCCAAAGCAAUCAACAUCGGCAAUGUCGACAGAAACAUCAACUGCAAAAUCAAUGGCAACAACGACAAUAGAAAUACCAGCAACAGAGACGACGACAGGAAUUUCAACUAAAACAUCAAAGACGAUUACAAAACCAAUAACAACAAUGACGACAGAAGCAAAAACAACAGAUUCAGCAACAUCAUCUACAGGACCACCAUCACACAUAACAACAAUAGAGCAUACUAGAACACAUUCCAUGACAGAACCAUCAACGACGAAAAGGACAGAACAAACAACGAUAACAACGACAACAAAAGAACAAGCAACGAAAACAACUGAACCAACGAAGUCUUCCGGAUUAAGCAAUGGUUUUAUUCUACUUGUUUCCAUCUUGGUGCCCAGUUCUGUUGUCAUUCUGAUGGCCAUAAUAAUUGGUUGCGCCAUAUAUUACUGUCAAAGUAGAGGGGGAGGAGCAACGGAAGAUCGUGGCGAUUUAACAAGAGAAUAUAAACAGGAUUUUGCAGGACCGAUAGGGAUGCGGCAAUUUAGAAAAGUGAUUGGAAAACAGGAUUUGAAAAGCAAUUAUUAA